CGCCCACCUACUCAUGGUCCUUCACCCCUUUAAAAACCGGGAAACGAGUGGAUCAGAUCUCAGUCAGCAAUCAGAUCAACAUAGAGGACUUCUCAGAAGAGCAUGCUGGCGUCUAUGAGUGCCACGUCACAAAUGAGAUCAUUGAGAAGUCGGAUAAUGGCGAGGAGGGUCGGGUUCAUGUGUUUGAUAAUACCUACUCUGUCAAUAUCAGUGUUGCUGCGGAAACCGGCGUCGAGGUUCAAGGCCAGAAUGCAGCCUAUGUUGUCAGGAGCAGCCACUCUGCACAGUCAGUUCCACAA